CCCCGCGGCCCCUCCCCUGGGCGCGCGCGCGACCUGGGCGCCAUGGCGGCGGCGGCAGCCGUGCAGCGGCCUGAGGCUGAGACAGUCGAAGAGGCCUCAGAUCCGCAGUGGCCACUGCCGCCAGAGCAUCGCCCUUCCGUGCCAGCAACCCGACCAGGCGAUGGCGAAGAGGCACCGGUGCGGCCACUGUGCAAGCCACGGGGCAUCUGCUCCCGCGCCUACUUCUUGGUGCUGAUGGUGUUUGUGCACCUGUACCUUGGCAACGUACUGGCGCUGCUGCUCUUCGUUCACUACAGCAACGGGGAUGAGAGCACAGACCCCAGACCCCAGCACCAAGAGGAGAGCCCACAGUCAGUGCCAACCUUGGGUCCCCUCACUCGGCUGGAGGGCAUCAAGGUGGGGUAUGAGCGGAAAGUCCAACUGGUCGCAGGCAGGGAUCACUUCAUCCGAACCCUCAGCCUCAAGCCAUUGCUUUUUGAAAUCCCAGGCUUCCUGAGUGAUGAGGAGUGUCGGCUCAUCAUCCACCUGGCACAGAUGAAGGGCUUACAACGAAGCCAGAUCCUGCCCACCGAAGAGUAUGAGGAGGCAAUGAGCACCAUGCAGCUCAGCCAGGUGGACCUUUUCCAGCUGCUGGAUCAGAACCAUGAUGGUCGCCUGCAGCUCCGAGAGGUCCUAGCCCAGACUCGCCUAGGAAACGGCCGGUGGAUGACUCCAGAGAACAUUCAGGAGAUGUACGCUGCGAUCAAGGCAGACCCUGAUGGUGAUGGAGUGCUGAGUCUGCAGGAGUUCACCAGCAUGGACCUUCGCGACUUCCACAAGUACAUGAGGAGCCACAGGGCAGAAUCUGAUGAGCUGGUGAGGAACAGCCACCACACAUGGCUCCACCAGGGUGAGGGCGCGCAUCAUGUCAUGCGUGCCAUCCGUCAGAGGGUGCUGCGCCUCACUCGCCUUUCCCCGGAGAUUGUGGAGCUCAGUGAGCCACUGCAGGUUGUUCGAUAUGGCGAGGGAGGCCACUACCAUGCCCAUGUGGACAGCGGACCUGUGUACCCAGAGACCAUCUGUUCCCAUACCAAGUUGGUAGUCAAUGAGUCUGUGCCCUUCGAGACCUCCUGUCGCUACAUGACAGUGCUGUUUUAUCUGAACAACGUCACUGGUGGGGGCGAGACUGUCUUCCCUGUGGCAGACAACAGGACCUAUGAUGAAAUGAGUCUCAUUCGGGAUGAUGUGGAUCUCCGCGACACUCGAAGGCACUGUGACAAAGGGAACCUUCGUGUCAAACCUCAGCAAGGAACUGCAGUCUUUUGGUACAACUACCUGCCUGAUGGGCAAGGUUGGGUGGGUGAAGUGGACGACUACUCAUUGCAUGGGGGCUGCCUGGUCACCCGCGGCACCAAAUGGAUCGCCAACAAUUGGAUCAAUGUGGACCCCAGCCGGGCACGGCAAGCUCUGUUCCAGCAGGAGAUGGCUCGCCUGGCGCGGGAAGAUGGCGCCGACUCCCAGCCCGAGUGGGCCUUGGACAGGGCCUACAGUGAAGCCCGCGUGGAGCUCUGAUGCGAGUCCCCCGCUGACCAACGUCAGAGACCCAGCAGGUCUUCUGUCCUGCCGCAGACUCACGUCUGGCCGAUCUUGCCCUACCCUCCCUUGUCUGCAGCCGCGAUGAAAGGCGCAGUUCCUCCAUUUCACGUUAUUUAUUGGUGUACAGCCUUCGCGCUGCUCCAUCAAAUAAAUCCACAGGGCUUCGA